ACCCUGAAAUCGAAUAAGCAAGCUAUUGGAAGUGAUGAAGGAAGAGAAAAGAUCGAAUCGAAAGCGUAAAAGGCCAAGGCAUCGCAAACCACGACCUGAAAAAUCUUCUGAUAAUCCCAACAAUGAUCAUCUUCAUCAAGUGUCUCAAAAGAUCGAUGAACACGAAGACUCUGCUUCUCCUCCUAGCCGUACAAUUUCCAAGUCCUCUUCUUUCCUUGACAAGAUGAGAGCGAGGUUAUCGGGAGGCCAUUUUCGGAUGAUUAACGAGAAGCUCUACACUUGCACUGGAAACGAUGCCCUUAACUAUUUUAAAGAAGAUCCCAUGCUGUUUAAUGUGUAUCAUACAGGAUAUCAAGAGCAAAUGUCACAUUGGCCCGAGCAACCAGUUAAUGUUAUCAUUAAAUGGAUAAAGGAUCACAACCCUUCAUUUCUUGUUGCUGAUUUUGGAUGUGGGGAUGCACUCCUUGCAAGAAAUGUCAAGAAUAAAGUCUUCUCUUUUGACCUUGUCUCAAAUGAUCCAUCAGUAAUUGCGUGUGAUAUGUCAAAUACACCCCUUGACUCUUCAUCUAUAGAUGUUGCCGUCUUUUGCCUUUCACUGAUGGGCACUAAUUUCUCAAGUUACCUUCAAGAAGCACACAGAGUUGUUAAGCCAUCUGGCUGGCUCUUGAUAGCAGAAGUAAAGAGCAGGUUUGAUCCAAAUACUGGAGGAGCAGAUCCAGAUAAGUUCUCAAAAGCCAUCUGUGAGCUGGGUUUUGCUUCUGUAUCAAAGGUUUAUUCUUGUUCUCUCGUUGUUCAUAACAAUCUAAUUUUCCCAUUAUCCUCUCUAAUUUAUAAGCAUUAUGCGCAGGAUUUUUCCAACAAAAUGUUUAUAUUAUUAUACUUCAAGAAAAAGGAGAAGCAAAAUUCCAAGAGGGAAAUUGAAUGGCCUGAGUUGAAGCCUUGUUUGUACAAGCGUCGGUGAGCUCUGAACAAAAAUGCUGGUGUCUCAAGAUCAAUGAGCCCAAAUUGAUAUUGCUGUGGCUAUUGCAGCGUGUAAAAGUUUUUUCAUGACCCUGAUGUGGCAAUACCGAUUCUUUACAUGUCUACAUGGUUAAUGAAGCUGCUGGAUGUUUGUGACAUUGUAUUCAUGAUGAGGGCUGGUCCUCUAAUGUGCAUGAAUUGCCUGCUGUUUUCAUUUGUGCCCCCAUGGAUUCGGAGCAUCCAUUCAUGCAUUUGACAGGGUACUAUAUUUUGGGGAUACGGGAUUCAUAGCUUGAGGACCUAAUUCUUUGCCUUCUUUUGGCAAGAACUGUUUUAACUUGACUUUUUGGUUUUUGAUUUUUUUAUAAUUUUGUGAGAGAAAAAGUGAAAUGAUUAUAAUUUA